AUGGCAACGGAGGCGCCUGCCAUGGAGGCUAAGGCCUCGUUAAACCUACCAAACAAGGUUCCCUACUGGCGUUUAUUGACCGAGCCAGGUGUGGUUACCCAAGAGGUUGUCGAUCAUCCCUAUGCAGGAUCGGGAACAGAGGAGGAUCCCUAUGUGGUACAAUGGAUGCCGAAUGACUUUCGGAAUCCGUUGCAGUUGACUCUGACGAUGAAAUGGUCCAUCACAAUGGUCGCUGCCCUUGAGACCCUUGUCGUGGCUCUGGUUUCUUCAGCCUAUACUGGUGGUAUUGUUCAGAUCGAGGAAGCGUUCGGAGUCACAACGGAAAUCGCUACCCUCGGUGUCUCGCUAUACGUUCUUGGAUUCGCCUUGGGCCCUUUGCUCUGGGCCCCGAUGAGUGAAAUGUUCGGUCGUCAAUCUGUGUUCAUUGGUACUUACUGUGGUCUGACUAUCUUCUGUGCCGCCACGACUGGUGCUAAGAACAUCACAUCUCUGCUUAUCUUCCGUUUCCUCUCUGGAGCAUUUGGAUCAUCCCCAUUUACGAACUCUGGUGGUGUGGUUGCUGAUAUGUUUGCUGCCCGCGAGCGUGGCCUGGCGCUAUCUGCGUUCGCCCUGGCUCCUUUCCUCGGUCCGGUUAUUGGUCCCAUUAUCGGAAGUUUCAUCGGUAUGGAUGUCGGCUGGAAGUGGGUUAUGGGUGUGUUGACCAUCCUGUGUGGUGUGAUGUGGUUCGUCGGCACAGUAUCCAAGCCGGAAACAUACGCCCCGGUUCUUCUUCGUCAACGCGCGAAGACCCUCUCCAAGCUUACCGGCAUGGUCUAUAUCAGCAAACUGGACAUCGAUCAAGGACGACCUAACCUGAAGAAAUCGUUGAAGAUCUCUCUUUCCCGUCCAUUCGUUCUUCUCUUCAAGGAACCCAUCGUCCUUCUCCUUUCGACCUACCUCGCUAUCAUCUACGGCACACUCUACAUGCUCUUUGGCGCUUAUCCGAUUGUAUACGAAGUUCACCGAGGAUGGAACCAGGGUGUUGCCAGUCUUGCAUUUUUGGGAGUCAUGGUGGGAAUGUUGGCCGCUAUCGCCUACUCGAUCCCCGAGAAUACUCGUUACGGAAAACUCCUUGAGAAGAACGGUGGCUACGCACCUCCCGAGGCGCGUCUUGUCCCUUGUAUGUUUGCUUCCCUCACUCUUCCCAUCGGUCUCUUUUGGUUCGCAUGGACCAAUUCUCCAUCGGUUCACUGGAUGGCCAGUGUGGCUGCCGGUGUUCCCUUCGGCUUCGGUAUGGUCAUGGUCUUCUUAUGUGUCUUCAACUACUUAAUCGACGCCUACACCAUUUUCGCCGCCUCAGUUCUUGCGGCCAACUCCCUGCUCCGUUCCUUGUUCGGUUUCGCCUUCCCUCUCUUCACAACCUACAUGUUCGAAAACCUCGGCAUCCACUGGGCUUCUUGUAUCCCAGCUUUUCUCGCUCUGGCUUGUGUGCCUUUCCCCUUCAUUCUUUACAAGAAGGGUCUGACUAUUCGCAAAUACUGCAAGUACUCUGCCCAGUCAGAGGCGUUUGUUCAGAGCUUGCUUCAGAGUAUGGCCGGUGGUGCAAAGAAAGAAGUGAUCUCUGAAUCAGGCCCAUCUGAUGAGCCAGUCUCCACCGUGCCUUCUCUCACUGAGACUGCUGGGACUAUGAAGGAGGGUGAUGUUGAUGUUCACUCUCUCCAGCACUGUGCGACGCAUACCUCUGCUCGCGGUUCUACCGAGAUGCAGCGGGUUCCCACUUACGAGGCGAACCCCUAUGAUGUUGACCGCGUCAACACACGCGAGUCUUUCAAAUAG